AUGUCUUCGUUUACAAAGCCGAUUCCGAAGAGUAUUCUCAUCUUCGGAGCAGCCGCUCACAUUGGUCGGCCACUAGCCACAUACCUGUCCCGGGAAGCACCCGCAAUCAAGUUGCGCCUUGCCACAAGCAGUCCGAGCAAGAGGGACCAGCUGCGGAGUGCAUUUCCCAAUGCCGAAGUCGUUGAAGCUAACUACAAUGACGUUGAUUCGCUCUCGGCUGCCGUCGAUGGCAUCGAAGGUGUUUUUGUCAUCACCCCGGGGGGGCUCUCCGAGGAGUCUGCCAUGACGAACCUGGUCGCAGCUCUGAAGAAGGCCAAAACCGUCGUCCACGUCAUCCGCCUCCAAGGGGUGUUCCCGGAGUUCUCGCAGGCCCGCGUACCCAAGGAACUGGGCCCGGGAACCCUCCCUUUCGAGCAUCCCAUCGCCAAGCGCAUUCUCGAUGCGAGCGGGCUUCCGGUCACGUACAUCAACUCCGGCGCCAGCUUCAUCGACAAUUUGCAUCUGCAGAUCAAGUCGGUCCUGGCUAAGAAGACGUUGAUCUGGCCCGAGCAUCGUGUCCCCUUCACUGAUCCGAGGGACAUUGCCGAGAUUGCUGGGAGGCUGUUCCUCUCGGAUAAUGCGAAGCACAUCGGCGCUUUCCACACCAUGAAUAACGGUCAGGACUGGCUAACCUUCCGGGAGAUAGCCGGUCUCAUUUCUGAGGUAUUCGGGGAACCGGUCGCGUAUGACGGAAGCUAUGAGGCCUUCUCUGAGUUCUAUACGCCGAUCAUGGGACCACACAAGGUUCAAGAAAUGUGGCACUUCUUCAAGUUUGAGGAGGCCAAUGAAGAGACGUGGGCUCUGAACAACUUUAUGGAAAGGAUACUGGGCAGGAAGCCGACAAGUGUGAAGGGAUGGCUUGUGGAGCACGAGGAUGUGCUCAGGGAGGGAAGUGGUAUUGCUGAGUGGGCUGAAAAGAAGCGGUAG